GAGAGACCCAUUGCCACUGUCAGUGGUUGUAUUUCAGCAACUGAGCACCACCACCACCACCCAUUCCUCCAUUCCCACACUUUCUCUCUCUAGAAUCCCACUCUCUCUCUCUCUCUCUCUCUCUCUCUCUCUCUCUCUAGUUUCUUCGUCUGGGUUCUUCUCAUCCGCCUGCAUUCCCUCAAGAACUGCCGAUGACGACGGCGCCAGAGCUUCUUGAUGUUCAUCCCCCCGAGCUCACAUUCACUUUUGAGGUUAAGAAGCAGAGUACGUGCUCGAUUCAACUCGGCAACAAGUCCGAUCGCUAUGUUGCUUUCAAGGUGAAGACCACUUCUCCGAAGAAAUAUUGCGUGCGGCCGAAUGCAGGCAUUGUAAAGCCUAACACAACAUGUGAUUUCACAGUUACUAUGCAAGCUCAGAAUGUAGCUCCACCGGAUUUGCUGUGCAAAGACAAGUUCCUAAUCCAGAGCACCGUUAUUCCUUUUGGGACAACUGAACAGGAGAUUACAUCUCAGAUGUUUUCAAAAGAUAGCAGCAGAUACGUUGAAGAAAGGAGGUUAAAAGUGAUGCUUAUUAGCCCAACCGCAUCCCCAGUAUUUGUACCAAUCAAUGGAGAGUCAAAGCAAGAUCCAUGUUAUGACACUUCAGUGAAAAUGGAUAGGGUUUUGAGUGGAGUUGAAAAUAUACCUCCGAGUCAUGGGGACGUGGAUGAGUCAAGAGCAGCUAAGGAUGUUGUGGCAUCAAAACCAGCUAAGGAUGUGGAGGAAUUGAAACCAGCAAAGGACAUGAAGGAUUUGAAACCAGCUAAAGAUAUGGAGGAAUCGAAACCAACUAAAAAUAUGGAAGAAUCGAAAACAGCUAAGGACAUGGAGGAACUGGAACCAGCUAGGGGUGCUGCUGAGUUGAAUUUAACAAAGGAUUUUGAGGAACUGAAAUCAAAGCUAAAUACAGUGGGUUCAAAGCUAAAAGAGGCUGAACUUACCAUCAUGAAGUUAAUGGAAGAGAGUAGCAGGUCCACUCGAGAGAAGAAUAUGCUUAAACAUGAAUUGGAGUCGUUGAGGAGGAGGAAGAACAAUUUAAAAACAGUCACGGUUGGCUUCCCUCUCUUCCAUGUUUGUAUGGUUGCCCUCGUCAGUCUAGCAAUCGGAUACUAUAUCCAUCCGUAGAGACAAUUCUCUGUCCUGGAUAUUAGACCGUGAAACGAAGUUGUUUCUCCUUCUUGACUGGGUGAGAAGGAUCUGCAUGCAUGUUUCUGACACCAAAGAUGUUCUUCCGUGUGAUGCGUAAUAUAUGGAUCUAAUCUGAAUUCUGCAUGUAAGAACUUCUCCCAAAUAAUGUUUUGUUUGGUAAAAAUGGCCUCCUGUGGAUACCAAAUUUGUUUUGAAGCUUAUGUUCCAAGAAA